AUGGGCUCGAUCGUUCUAAAGUCUCUCUCAGUUCUCCUCGGUAUAUUCUUCGUUUUCGUCGGUACCAUGAAGCUGACUUCUCAUAUUAGCAAGGAUCUUCACAAGGACUUGAGAAAAGAGUAUGUGAAGUAUGCAAAAGUAUUUCCACUGUCCGGUACACUGGACUUUAAAGUACCGAGUAAAUGGUACAGAAGAGUUGUCGGAUCGCUCGAGAUAAUUUGCGGACUCGCGAUGGCUAUUGUUCCAAGUCACAAAAUAAAAAACGUAUCGAACGCAGUGUUGCUGUUGCUGAUGUUAAUGGCUGUGUAUUCACACUAUAUGGUGAACGAUAAGUUUGAGCGGAUUGCCCCAGCGCUGGUGUUCUUCUUCAUGCUGACAGGCCGGCUAGUAAUAGAUUGGCAACUCAGACGAGAGGAGGUACAAUCGGUAACGGUGAAUGGAGUCGACGAUAAAACCAAGAAACAAGAUUGAAUUCAAAGUUCUCUUAUACGUACCCGUGCAACUAAGACUUUCCUUACCGUGUCAGUUAAGACCUGCAACAACGUAUCACGACGUCAAAAGAAUAUUGGAUCGCGAUAAAUGAGUCGUGUACGAUCGCGAUCCUCCAUUUUUUACGCUCUGAUUGUAGUUUUAAUUAAUUCCCAUGCUUAUUUACACGGCUAGGUUCACUCAUCGAGCGUGCUCUUUCAAACUCACUCCCCUUUUAAUUCCUUUUAAUCUUUUCUUUUCGUAUCGGGCUGUUGUUCCUUCAAUUUUACGAUAGCUGUGUUUUCUGGAUUGAUGGAAACUUUCGAAACCUCGAAUCACAAAACCACUAUAAACUUCGAUCAUUAGCCAACACUAUGUUAGCUUUAAUCAACGACAAAAUGUCAUCAAAUACUAGCUCAAGCACAAGGUAUUAACUGCCAUUCAAAUUAAUGUGUUCUCCUUGAUAUCGUAUUAAGAUGUACAUGUGCUUGAGAUGAUAACUAACAAUGUCGUUGUUCGAUUGUAACGCACACGCCGCGUUUUCUUCGCAUUCAUCCGUGUUUUUACUUUUUCGCUCCCGACAGGAUAAAAGGAGACGAGCAUCGAGUAAAUUUAUCAAGAAGGUGGUAGUGAUGGUAGCGAAAGAACGAAAGUGGCGAAGAAACACGCGGUAAAGUACAUUUAUUCACAUGUAGAAACGAUAAUACGUUUGUUUCAAAUUAUUAACGUAUCGAUCGCGCGUAAAUUGUUUCAGAAACCAUCUAAAAAUCGAACCUAUUUAGUUGGUUUGCUCGAGUUGCUUAAACUUUUAAUCAUAUCUUUAAGAACAACGUAAGAUAUUUUAAGUGUAGAAAAAACCAUUUUUUUUCCCGACUACACGUAUUUAUCAUAUCAUCUAGUUACUCACUUCUGAACUCUUUACAUGCCUUAAACUACACACAAACACACACUCAUGCGCGCACUACAUGUGAACGCGAAAUUAAAAAAAUAUAGUUAAAUACAUCAAAGUUAAACUUAUAUACUCGCGAAUGGAAGAGAAAAAUUCAUUGUGAUUUUCGGUUUCUACUUUUAUCAAAAUCCAUUUU